AGCGCCGCCCGGCAGGUGAGGAUGGAGGGAAGGUCGCGGCUCGUGUGGGGGCGGGGCCGGCCCCCCCAGCGCCUCCCAGGUCAAAUCCUGUCUGUGCAACUACCAAACAUUUCAAAUCACUGAAGCCGUUGGUUUUUGUCUGCUCUUUGCUUUAGAGCCCUGUUUGUAUUUGAGUCACCUGCUGUUUUCUCAUGCUCGCUGAGACCCGCGGAGCACAGGGACGGGGGCAUUGUGACAACAAUAUGACUAAUAGUAAAGGAAGAGCUAUCACAAACAGACCUAGCGGCAUAGUCAGCGGUGGAGAAAGGCUGGUCAAUUGGACUCUCCAUUUGAAUACAGUUCAGCCUGACACAUUUCUAAGCCUUCUAUUGAGUAUGGUGCCUGUCAUUUACCAUAAAAGUCAAGAUGGCAUUUGGCAAGAUGGCCUGCCAGCCUCAGCACAGACAUUUAACGUAAGAACAGAUCAGCACACGGAGUACCAUCAUUUCUCAGAGCAGUCUUUUCAUGGCAAUAAUGGACACGUUCCAUCAAGCUGUAGCCCAAAGUAUGAUGACUAUGCUAGCUAUGAUUACUGUGAUGGGAGGGAGACUUCAGAAACGGCUGCCAUGUUAAAAAAUGAAGACAUGUCUAGUGAUGGUGAUGAGGAUCUCAUUGGCGAAGGGAAUCGCCGAUUGCCAAAGGAGUCCAGUGGCACCAUGGCCUUGCAAAUCCUGGUGCCGUUUCUACUGGCAGGUUUUGGAACGGUUUCAGCUGGCAUGGUUUUAGACAUAGUACAGCAUUGGGAGGUGUUCAAAAACGUGACUGAAGUUUUUAUUUUAGUCCCUGCACUUCUUGGUCUCAAAGGAAACUUGGAAAUGACAUUGGCAUCCAGACUGUCAACUGCAGUAAAUAUUGGGAAGAUGGACUCCCCCAUUGAAAAGUGGAACCUAAUUAUAGGCAACUUGGCACUGAAACAGGUUCAGGCGACGGUAGUUGGUUUUCUAGCUGCGGUGGCCGCCAUCAUUCUGGGCUGGAUUCCAGAAGGGAGAUACCGCCUCGAUCAUUCCAUCCUACUGUGUGCCAGCAGCGUGGCCACUGCCUUUAUUGCAUCCCUCUUGCAGGGGAUAAUAAUGGUUGGUGUCAUCGUUGGCUCAAAGAAGACGGGUAUCAACCCGGACAAUGUGGCCACUCCGAUUGCUGCCAGUUUUGGGGACCUCAUUACUCUGGCCAUAUUAGCCUGGAUAAGUCAGGGUCUUUAUGCCUGCCUUGAGACAUAUUAUUACAUAGCUCCUUUAGUCGGUGCCUUUUUCUUGGCUCUGACUCCCAUAUGGAUUGUGAUUGCUGCCAGACACCCGGCUACACGGACUGUUCUCCAUUCGGGCUGGGAGCCCGUCAUCACGGCGAUGGUCAUAAGCAGCAUUGGAGGCCUUAUUCUAGACACGACAGUAUCGGAUCCAAAUUUGGUUGGAAUCGUUGUGUACACUCCAGUUAUUAACGGUAUCGGUGGUAAUUUAGUAGCUAUACAAGCUAGUAGAAUUUCUACCUACCUCCAUUUACAUGGCAAACCAGGCGAGGUGCCAGAUGAAGCCAAAGGCUGCUACUACCCAUGCCGAACCUUCUUUGGUCCAGGAGUCAAUAACAAAUCUGCCCAAGUUCUUCUACUUCUAGUGAUUCCUGGACAUUUAAUUUUCCUCUAUACCAUCCACUUAAUGAAGAGUGGUCACACUUCCCUGACCGCAAUCUUCAUUGCUGUGUUCUUAUUUGCUGCUGUGCUCCAGGUGUUCAGCUUGCUGUGGAUUGCUGACUGGAUGGUGCAUCACUUCUGGAGAAAAGGAAAGGAUCCUGAUAGCUUUUCCAUCCCGUACCUCACGGCUUUGGGGGAUCUGCUUGGAACAGCCUUAUUAGCUUUGAGCUUUCAUUUUCUGUGGCUCAUUGGCGAUCGAGAUGGCGAUGUUGGAGACUAAUGAAAUAUGGAACCUGCUGACUGUUCUCAGACCAUAUGGAAGAAAAACAGAAGAUGGCAGCUCGUGACUCCUUUUCAAGGCCUUUAAUACAAUACAGUAAUCUCACUUUGGCUGGGUUAAUUUUAAGUUGAAACUGAUAUGAUUAAAUGGCCUUAACUUUUUUUUAGAACUGAAUUUAAAUAGAAAAUAAAAAUGAAGGGCAUUUGCCUUUCAUAUCAGAGAAUGAAGGAUGAUUUGACAUUGAAACAGGAGUUUCAUCUCUGAAGUUAAUUAAAUCAGAAAAUAUGGAGGGAGUUAAAGAUGAGUAAUUUUGUAACUAGUCCCACGCACCCCAGGAAUGCACUUGGUUGGUUAUUUGAAUUGUAAUGGAAAGUUGAGGGUGCAGAAGAGAUUGGCCUCUUUUCUAAUGAAUUUGGUUACGAUGAAAAUUCUAAUUUUAAAAAAAUACCCUUUUGUAGUUUAAAAAGUUUUAACGACUUCCACCUCUACACCAGCUGAGUUUGAAUUUACCAGUGACCAACCCCCUAAAGAUGUCGUAUUAGAGAUGGGGACUUCACCCCGUGAAGGCCAUGAGCUCCUCAGAGAUGCCAUGACUUGGUACCAACUCCAUGAUUGUUGGUGGGCAGCCUGUACAGAGCAGGGUGGUUGGGGAUAGGACUCAGAGGAGAACAAUUAGGUCAUUUGUGGUUAUUGAUUCUUCUUUUCAAAAACCAGAGGUAGAAUCAGACAAGAGGAGGAACUCAGUUGUGUUUGUGAGACACAACAUGGUGUGAAAAGCCACUCUCAUUCUUCGUUGGAAAGUUGGGUUGAUGAUAGUGCCGUUAGAGGCGUCAGCAUCACGAUAGAUUUGUUGCUGCACUGCAUCGUGUUUAUCCGCAAGGUUUGCCAAGAGUCUGAACUUCAUAUUGGGGUUGUAAAUGUUUCCCCGUGUAGAAUUAUUCCAGCUAAGAGGAGGACGCUUGGUCUAGUUCAUUUACGCAGUAGGGGAAAUGAGUAAGAUUUACAAGUGAAGGACUUGGGUGUUUUGGAGAAAUCAAUUGAUAAAGCUUAAGCUUAUCCUUUAGGGGGUCAGAAAGAGGCUGUGGCAUAUCUGCCCAAGCCUUACUGAUGCUGCCUAUCUGCAAACAGGCUGUUUUUCACCAAGGGGCCAGAACACAUGCGUAGGGUGUAGUUUUUCUUUACCUGUUUUUCUAAGAAUCACUCAUGUCUGUUGGGCAUACUUGGACCAAUCUGAUUAAUUAUUGGAAAAGAGCAGCAUUUUUCUACAAAAUAGAGCGAAUCAACAGAAUGCAGUAGAAUCGCUCUAUCUGCUGUGUACUAUUUGUGCUUCUAGUGCAGAUUAAGGAGGGCAUUCCACUGUAACUCAGACCGUGGUGACUCACGUCUUUGUGUUUGCUUUAUUUAAGUAAUAGGUUCUAUAUAACUUUAUUGUUGACAUCAUUCCUGUUGAGUGCUUUAAAAGGAGGAGGACUACAUCAGUCAUAGGUUUGCUUUUGCUUUUCACUUUAAUUAUGCCAUUUUUUCUGCCUUAGAAUGCAGAUGUCAUAGACGGUAAGAGAAGUAAUUAUAGUUUCUCCUUUGGAGACUUAUGGUGUCACACAGUGAACAUUCUUACAAAAGAAAGGCUGAGUAAGUAUAAGUUCACAAAUAUUUAACUGAGAAGGUUUUAUAAAAAAUCCAUUAAGACUCAGUUUGAUCUUAUUUAAAGAGUUUGAAAAAUACUUGUUUACACUUGGAUUGUAUGUUCUGUAAUCAUUUCUAGAACUUGUGUGUAGACUGAAAUUCCUAGUAAAUUUUAUUUUGGCUGCUUUUAGCAGAAAAAAAGAGAUAAUGCCACACCACAGGGUUUGCCAAGCAACUCUUUUUUCAUUCACUCACAAAGCCGCUUGUUGAGUCUUUAUUUCCCCAUAAAAUUAUCAUGAAAUUGCUAAAAAAUAUAACGACAGUUCACAUUUAUAUGCACUGUCUCGCAUUGCGAUCUUCACAGCAAUGCCGUGAGGUAGCUGAUGUUGCCCCUCAUUUGAUAGAUGAGGAAACUGAAAUUCGAAAGGGUCAGUUGGUUUGGAACAGAGACUGGACACCAAUCCCAAACAUCUCAUGUCAGAUCCAGUGUUCUUUCCAUGAUGUCAGGCUGCCUCUGAGUGCUCCUGGGUGAUGGCCAUCCUUUAAGGCUCAAAGAGGGAAUCACACAUGUGCCCCCACACACACACGCACCUCUCUUCAGGAAAUCUUCCUUUUUCGCUCAACAUGGGCCCCUUUUAAUUACUGUGUGCAUAAGGGCCACAGACAGACAACGUUGAUGAAAACCUUAGGUCAUCCGAAAACCUGGGGUUCUGUUUCAUUUGACCCUGUGCCUGAGUCAGCCUACAAGUAGCUGGGUUGGCUUGGGAUUCGCCUCCAUUCCUUUUUCCUGCUCGGUAGAGCAGGUCAGUAAUAUGAAGGAGAAAAAGAAGAGAAGGGGGCCCAACACACAGGAUCAUUCAUCUGGAGCUAACAAGAGACGUUAGAGAUCAUCUGCUCCAAUGAGAUGAGGAAACUGAGGGUCUGAGUGGGCCAGUAAGCCCCAGAGCUGGGAUGCAAACUCAGAUGCUGUGACCCCAUAGCUACUCCUUCUACUUCUCUGUGCAGCCAGAGGCCUAGAACUCACCUUUUGUAGCACUUUAUGAUUUACAAAUCGCUCUCCUUCCAAACACUACUUACAGCCCGUGGACUACUGGACAAUCAUCUACCAGUUGAGCUAAUUAUAAAAUGGAAGUACCUUGUUUAAAAAAUAAAAAUACCACUAUGUGUGCUUAUCAUUAAUAAACUUAUUUACAGAUUUGAA